AUGAGGAACGACGACAAUAUGUGCUUUGUGUGGUGCCAUGAAAGACACCUUAGACCGAAAGCUAGAAGGGCAACUACUAUUACACAGAAGGACAGGGACUUCGAGUUAAGCCUUGAUUACGAAGGUAUUGAGUUCCCUGUAAAGAUAAGUGAUAUUGACAAAAUUGAGAGGAAAAAUAAGAUAAACAUCUCUGUGAUUGGUUACAAGGGGAGAAAACAAUUCUACCCCAUAAGGAUCUCUAAGAGUGAACACGAGGAUCACAUGGAACUGCUACUACUAGGUGAUGAUGCAGGUAACUUACAUUAUGUGCUAAUCAAGUAUGUUAUUAGGAUGCUGAACAGUGUGAGUAAACAUGGACAUAAGCAGCACUUCUGUUUACACUGUCUUCACAGCUGUGUGAGUGAAGAAGUGCUGGAAAGGCAUAAGGAAACUUGCGUGCAAGUAAAUGGUGUUCAGGCAACAAAACUUCCCAAGGAAGGGACAAAAAAAAGUUCAAAAACCAUAGGAACUCAAUGCCUGUACCGUUUGUGAUAUAUGCAUAUUUUUGAGUCCAUACUUGUACCUGAAGAGGAAAGGAGUGAGUCGGGGAGUAGUGAGGAUGAAAGUAGUACUACUCUUUACCAGACACACAAGCCUUGUAGUUUUGGGUUGAAGACAGUGUGCCACUACGAUGAUAAGUACUCUGGAGAGUAUAAGAACUACGUUGGAAACGACGCUGCAUUUGUCUUCCUCAAGACCAUCCUGAAAGAGUCGUUCAGAUGCAGACAACUGGUUGACAGUAUAUUCAAAAAGAAGAUGGUAAUUACACCUGAACAGGAAGUGGAAUUCCAAGGGGCAAAGGACUGUUCCAUAUGUGGUAAAGAGUUGGGCGAAGACAGGGUAAGAAACCAUGAUUAUGUAACUGGAAUGUACCGUGGAGCGGCUCACAAUAUAUGUAACCUGAAGUAUAGAAUUACAUGGAAAGUGCCAGUGGUCUUCCACAACCUGAGAGGUUAUGAUAGCCAUUUAAUUAUGCAGGAAAUAGGUAAGUUUAAGAUGGACGUCAACGUGAUUCCGAAUAAUAUGGAGAAAAAAAAUCAUUCUCACUGGGCAGAAAUCUAGUCUUCAUAGACUCUAUACAGUUCAUGGCUUCUUCGUUGGAAGACCUUGUUAGCAAUCUUUCACCUGAGGACUUUAGGAUAGUAGGUAAGAGGUGGAAGGGUGAGGACUUCAAUCUAGUGACACAAAAAGGAGUGUUCCCCUACGAGUUCCUAAAUGAUAUUAGCGAACUAAGUACAGAGGGUCUGCCAAGCAAAGAUAAGUUCUACUCAUCGCUGUAUGAGUCUGGGGUGAAGGAUGAAGAUUACAUGAGAGCGCAGAAAGUGUGGUAUCACUUCAAGAUGAAGACGAUGAAAGAUUACCACGAUAUCUACCUGGCGACUGACGUUCUUCUGCUGGCUGAUGUAUUUGAGAACUUUAGGAGGACUUGCCUGGAAAACCACAAGCUUGACCCUGCACAUUACGUGUCAGCACCCAGUCUCAGUUGA